UUCAAAUUAUGAAAUCUAUUUUUUUAAGUUUGGCGGAAGGCCCAAUCAACAGUCAAAACCGCGGCGCUCGUGCCUCCUCCUUUAAAUAGGAAAGAAAAACUGAACGGCUUAUUCACAAACAGAACAGCUACAGAGAUCGCAGGAAAACCUCAGCUCCGAAUUUCUCUUCAUAAAAAGGCAACAUCGACGAAUGGCGAAUUCGACAUGUCUGCAGCCGAUGAAGGCGACUUCAAACGGGUCUUUUCAAGGCGACAGUCCGCUCGAUUUCGCUCUGCCGCUAGCGAUCCUUCAGAUCUGCCUCAUCGUCGUCCUCACGCGAACCCUAGCUUUCCUGCUUCGCCCCCUCCACCAGCCCCGCGUCAUCGCUGAAGUCAUUGGCGGCAUUCUGUUAGGGCCGUCGGCGCUGGGCCGCAACAAAGCGUUCCUGAACGUCAUUUUCCCCAAACAGAGCUUGACAGUGCUCGACACGCUCGCCAACUUCGGCCUUCUCUUCUUUCUCUUUCUAGUGGGUCUCGAAAUCGACCUCAACUCCCUCCGCCGCACUGGAAAACGAGCACUCUCCAUCGCCGUCGCCGGCAUUUCUCUGCCUUUCCUCCUCGGCAUCGGCGCCUCUGUUGUCCUCCGCAACACCAUCGCCGACGGCGUUCGCGGCCCCUCUUUCCUUGUCUUCAUGGGUGUCGCUCUAUCCAUCACCGCCUUCCCUGUACUUGCUCGAAUCCUCGCCGAGCUGAAGCUUCUCACCACCGACAUUGGCCGCAUGGCCAUAUCCGCCGCUGCUGUCAAUGAUGUUGCCGCCUGGAUCCUCCUCGCUCUCGCCAUUGCCCUUUCAGGCUCUCGAUCACCGCUCGUGUCCCUUUGGGUUCUCGUCACCGCCGCUGCCUUUGUCGCCAUUGCAUCCUUCGUUAUUCGCCCUGUUCUGGCGCGGAUGGCUCGUCGCUCACUGGAAGGGGAACCGGUUAAGGAAGUUUAUAUCUGCGCCACCCUCACCACCGUCCUCGCCGCCGGUUUCGUUACAGACACCAUUGGAAUACAUGCUCUGUUCGGGGCCUUUGUGGUGGGGAUUGUGAUGCCAAAGGAAGGACCUUUCGCUGGUGUUCUUAUCGAGAAAGUCGAAGACUUAAUCUCUGGCCUCUUCCUGCCCCUCUACUUCGUCUCCAGCGGCCUCAAAACUAACGUCGCCACCAUAAGCAACGGCAAGUCCUGGGCGCUUCUUGUUCUAGUCAUCUUCAACGCUUGUCUAGGCAAGAUCGGUGGCACAAUCCUCGCUUCCGUCAUUAUGAAAGUCCCCAUUCGCGAGGCCCUCGCUCUCGGCUUCCUCAUGAACACCAAAGGCCUCGUUGAACUCAUCGUCCUCAACAUCGGAAAAGAUCGCAAGGUUUUGAAUGACGAGACAUUUGCAAUCAUGGUAAUCAUGGCUCUGUUCACGACGUUCAUAACGACGCCGAUCGUGAUGGGGAUCUACAAGCCGGCACGCAAGGCAGCUCCAUACAAGCAUCGAAAAAUCGAGCGUGAUGACACCGAUAGCCAGUUGCGAAUCCUCGCCUGCUUUCAUGGCAGUCGCAACAUCCCGACCCUCAUAAACCUCAUCGAAUCCUCCCGCGGCACCCGCCACCGCGGCGUUACUGUCUACGCCAUGCACCUAAUGGAGCUCUCCGAGCGCCCAUCUGCAAUCUUCAUGGUCCACAAAGCUCGUCGCAACGGCCUCCCCUUCUGGAACAAAAAGAAAGAUAGCACAAUCGGCGACCAGAUCGUCAUCGCAUUCCAAGCCUAUCAGCAGCUCAGCCGCGUCACCGUCAGGCCAAUGACCGCCAUUUCCGACCUCCACACCAUCCACGAAGACAUCGUCACCAGCGCCCAUCAAAAGCACGCAGCUUUAAUCCUUCUCCCCUUUCACAAAACUCUGCUUUUUGACGGAUCUAUGGAAUCCAUCGGCAACGAAUACCAACAAGUGAACCAGCGAGUCCUCCACUACGCUCCUUGCUCUGUCGCCAUCCUCGUCGAUCGAGGCCUGGGCGGCUCUGCUCAGGUUUCCGCCAGCGAGGUUUCGUACUCCGUCGUCGUCCUGUUCUUUGGCGGUUCGGAUGAUCGGGAAGCGCUCGCUUACGGCCUCCGCAUGGUCGAGCACCCUGGAAUCGUCCUCACCGUACUUUGCUUCAACAAUGACGAUGAAUGCAUUGGCCGAUUGCGGGAAAGCACAGACGGAUCGGUGAGGUUUGAGAAGAGACCGACGGGGAAGGAGGAAAUCGUGUCCGCCAUUAAAGGGGUGGGGAGAUGCAAUCUGUUUCUGGUUGGGCAGAGGGCGCCGGUGAUGGAGUUGGCGGACCAGAUCGAGUGCCCGGAGCUCGGCCCGGUGGGGAGUUUCAUGGCGGCGUCUAACACGACCGCCGCAUCUGUGUUGGUGAUCAGGCAGCACGAGGACGAUGCGGUGACGAAUCUGUUGGUAGAAGAGGUGGCUGAAGAGGCCCUUUCACCAGACACUCCACACGCCGGUGGCUCCGUCCACGGCGAGUUUAAUCCGCUUUGACUGCGCAUUAGUAUGAUUAGUUAUAUGCAGAUCCUGAUAUGCAAUUCAAAAUUUUAUUUUAUUUUUUAUGUAUGGUACUCGUAUAAUCUAUUUUAGUCUGAGGCCAUGCUUGUUCUGGUCCUCUGGUCGUGUUAGUUUAAUGAUUCUUCUUUCUUUAUAAUGGGUCAUUCAUGCUUUUGUAUGGAGAAUUAUGCAUGAUAUUGGCCCAAAUAUUUAUAUAAUACCUUAAUUUAUAUAUUGUCAUCCCCUUUUGUCUUAGUGUUGCAUCAACUUUUCUACUA